AUGGCAACUGUUUGGGUAUUCGACUGCCGGUAUGUCACGACUACAAGUGGAAUGUUUGAAGCUUUGUGCAACCAUAUCAAAUAUAGCACUAAUAAAGGAAAUAUCAGGAACAAUGAACCCUAUCUUGAUUCCAGAUCAGCGAUUACAAUAUUUCCGCAGCGCAACGGGGCGCAGCGAGACUUCCGCAUAUGGAACGCGCAACUAAUCAGCUAUGCAGCUUAUCGAGGCCCUGGGGACACCAUCUUAGGCGAUCCUAUGAAUUUGGAGUUUACGGAGCUGUGCACCAGAUUGGGAUGGCGAGGACAUGGUACUCGGUGGGAUAUUUUGCCCUUAGUUCUGAGUGCUGGUGGACAUGAUCCUGAUUAUUUUGAUAUACCUGAGGAAUUGAUAUUACAAGUUCCGUUAACGCAUCCCAGUUACCCCUGGUUUCCAGAAUUGGAUCUGCGCUGGUACGCCCUGCCCGCCGUCUCCAAUAUGUUGUUCGAAUGCGGCGGUUUGCAGUUCACGGCGACCGCUUUCAACGGUUGGUACAUGAGCACGGAGAUUGCGUGCCGGAACAUGUGCGACCAGGGAAGAUUUAACAUGCUAGAGCCUUUAGCCUUACGUAUGGGCUUAGAUACAAGUACGCCGACCACAUUGUGGAAGGACCGAGCUUUGGUCGAAAUGAAUGCUGCAGUUUUACACAGUUUUCAACAAAGUGGUGUAACAAUUGUAGACCAUCAUACUGCAUCAGAUAGUUUUAUGAAACAUUGCGAAAAUGAACAACGUCUAAGAUCGGGUUGUCCAGCAGAUUGGGUAUGGAUUGUUCCACCGAUGUCUGGAUCUGUGACACCAGUAUUUCAUCAGGAAAUGGCCCUGUAUUUCUUGAGCCCUUCUUAUGAAUAUCAAGAAGCAGCCUGGAAAACUCACGUCUGGAAAAAAGGACGCGAAGGACGAGGCACGAGACCCAGUAGAAAAUUUCAUUUCAAACAAAUUGCGAGGGCCGUUAAAUUUACGUCGAAAUUGUUUGGGCAUGCUUUAUCGCGGCGAAUCAAGGCGACCGUAUUAUUCGCCACGGAAACCGGAAAAUCGGAAAACUACGCAAGAAAACUUGCUGACAUCUUUGGGCAUGCGUUCAAUGCACAGGUAGUUCGUAUGGAUGAGUAUGAUAUAACAUCGAUUGAACACGAAGGAUUAUUACUAGUUGUAAGUUCAACAUUUGGCAAUGGAGAUCCACCAGAAAAUGGAGAGGCGUUCGCACAAAACUUGUACGCGAUGAAAAUGGCGGAUGCAGAGAAUGGAUUAGAUAAAUUAAGUAUAAAUAUGGCUACAUCUCGAUCAUUCAUCAAAGCACACAGUAGUACUAAUAUGUUACGCCGUGGAUCGGUUUUCACCAGGCCUCAAGAGCGGCCCAGUGCACCAGGCCUCAUUCCUGGUAUAGUGAGUGUAGAUGUAUUUGGUACUUUGAGUAAUGUAAGAUUUGCAGUUUUUGCACUAGGAUCGAGUGCUUACCCAAACUUUUGUGCAUUUGGAGGAUACGUUGAUAAGCUUCUGGGCGAGCUUGGAGGUGAAAGGUUACUGAGAAUGGGUUGUGGCGAUGAAAUGUGUGGCCAAGAGCAAGCUUUUAAAAAAUGGGCUUCAGAGGCAUUUAAGGUUGCAUGUGAAACAUUUUGUUUGGAAGACACCGAUACAUAUCUAGAAGCAACACAAGCUUUAAAUACCGAUGUGUUAUCCCAGGAUACUAUUAGAUUUGUGGAAUCUGUCCCAGAAGGAUUAAUUCCGGCUUUGCGAAGAUGCUAUAAUAAGAAAGUUGUGUCCUGCAAAUUAUUAAGGCAAACAAAUCUUCACAAAAGUGCUGGAGAAGGUAGCACUUUGCUGCUAGAAAUUGAAAUACCUAAAAACUCUAAAGACGAGUUAAAAUAUGAGCCUGGUGAUCACAUAGGUGUUUUUCCUGAAAAUAGUUCAGAAAUUGUUAAUGGUUUAUUAGAACGACUUGAAGGUGCUGAAUCACCAGACUCACCAGUGGAACUACAGGUACUAAAAGAAACACAAACACAUAAUGGUGUUGUACGUUCUUGGUCUGGGCAUGAACGACUUCCAAGAUGCAGUUUACGAAUGCUGCUAACUAGAUUUUUAGAUUUAACAACUCCUCCCUCACCUGCGAUACUUCAGUAUUUGUCAAGUUGUUGUACAGAAGAAAUAGAUAAAGAUAAAUUAGAAUCACUGGCCUCAGAUUCCGCGGCAUAUGAAGAUUGGAGGCAUUUGAAAUACCCUCAUCUAUUAGAAGUGCUAGAACAAUUUCCUUCUUGUAGACCUAGUGCUAAAAUGCUUUGUGCCCAGCUGAGUCCUCUUCAAGCUCGUUUCUACAGUGUUUCAUCAGCUCCUGAACCACAUCCUGGCCAGAUACAUUUAACAGUAGCAGUAGUUCAAUACAAGACUCAAAACGGAGAAGGACCACUACAUUAUGGAGUAUGUUCUAAUUAUUUGAAAAGACUCACUUCAGGAAAAGAAAUUGCUAUAUUUGUUAGAAGCGCGCCAAGUUUUCAUUUGCCAAUAGAUUCAGGGCGACCCAUCGUGUUAAUCGGACCAGGAACUGGUGUUGCACCUUUUCGAGGCUUUUGGCAUAGUUUACAUCAUAAAUACAAAACUGAAGGCGUUGCAAUCCCAAAACUUUGGUUAUUUUUUGGAUGUAGACAACGCGCCUUAGAUUUAUAUCGAGAAGAAAAAAACUUAAUGUUAGAAGAAAAAAUAAUUGACAGAGAAUUCUUAGCACUUAGCCGACAACCUGGACUUAAAAAGACUUACGUGCAAGACUUAGUAUUAUCAGUGGCAGAUGAUAUGCGAAGAAUUUUAGUACAUGAACAUGGACAUUUAUAUGUGUGUGGAGAUGUUACAAUGGCUGAGUGUGUUCAUCAAGCUGUUAGAACUGCUUUGACAAAACAGGACUCUAUUCCAAAAGAAACCAUUGAUCGUUUCUUGCUGGAUAUGCGAGAUGAAAAUCGAUAUCAUGAAGACAUAUUUGGUAUCACUCUGCGCACUGCUGAAGUUCAUAAUAGAUCAAGGGCUACAGCAAGAAUAAGACUUGAAAAACAAAAUUGA